AUGGCACCAACCAUGCGCCCUGAAGGUCAGCUCAACAUAAAUCUCUCUGGGUUGAAUCCCGUCUCUGAACCUACCUCGAUCCCUACUACCAAGUCUCCAUUUGGCAGUGCCAAACCCUCACCUGCGCUGGCCGGCUUGUCGAGUGCAAGAGUUGGAGCUGGCUCUCCUCUACAUGAACAAGCCUCGAGGCUCUUUCCCAAACGUACCCGAGAAUUGCAGUCGCAAACUGGUCUCUCCCCCAAUAUCUGGGGACCGCCAACCAGUGGCACCUCAACUCCUCUUUUCGAGAUCCCAGAGUCUCCUUCUCAAGACGGGUUUCCCGAUUUAGUUCCUCUCACCGAGACUGGCAUCAACAGCCCAGCUAGAAGAGGCCGAGCUGGUACGUUGCCCUCAAGGAUCUCGCCAGUCGGAACUAUCAACGGAGUUAAUGUCCUCACGUCCAAAACGUCUCGACCAACGCCCUCUACAAGUCCAUUUCGGCCCGGCUCGACGUCGGCGGCGGAGACCGCCUUUUACUCAACGUCGACCAACUCAUUAAACUCCGGGAAUGCCGCUCUCUUAUCUAGGCUGCGCGCUGGUAGCAUGCCACAGAGAACAAGCCUCCUUGGCUCAUCUGGGGCAUUUGGCCAGAAUGCCUUUAGCAGCGGCUGGGGAAGCAGAUCCCGGGCUGCUACUUUGACCAGCAUCAGCUCGGCGGAUGAUCCGACUUCGCCUCAGCAGCCAGGCUUCUCCAAGGAUGGCAUGUCAGACUCUGGCGUACGUACUCUUGACUACUUGGGGCUGGUGGAAACGCCACAACAGUCAAGAUUGAUGGAAUUGCGGCAAGGCAACGAUGAAGCUUCCCAUGCUCACGAAUCCGGACUGUCGGAAGGUCUGACCAAUUCAAAUAUGCGUAACUCUAGUCGGUUCAGGUCAUUUUCUGUCAACACAGAACCCAAGUUCGGCCUGGAAAACCAAGACCCCGGUUACUCGAUGUUCCAGAGUGGCACGUUGACGCCAUCAGCUGCUGCAGCGCUGGAAGCGGAGUAUGAACGUGUUCAAGAAAAGGUGCGCCUGCACAACCAAGCUGUGCAGGCCUUUGCUGUCAAUGCAAGCGCUGCACGACCACGAGCACGUACCGCUGGGCUUGUGGAAACUCCCCAACGCACAUCUCUUCGAAAUUUGGUCCAAACAAACCUGGACCUCGGCUUUGAUAUGCAGGGUAACAACCUUGAUGAAUCAUCCCUUGCUGAAGCUCUCCAGAACCUGAACAUGAGUGAGGGCGCUCCUCCAGCAUUCGAUGGCAUGGAAGACUCCGACGUCCAGCUCUCACGGUCUUUAUGGAUAGGAUCUAUCCCUAACUCCACCACCAUGUCUUCUUUGGACGCCAUAUUCAGCCGAUACGGUCCUAUAGAGUCGACAAGAGUGCUCACGCAUAAAAACUGUGGAUUCGUUAAUUUCGAGACAGUCGAGCAUGCUGUGAGGGCGCGUCAGCUCCUCAAUGGGAAGGAAAUUUUCCCAGGUGCAGGACCUGUGCGGAUUGGCUUUGCCAAAGCCCCAACCUCUGUCUCUCUGACCCCUGUUCAAAACCCAACGCCCCCACCUGGUGCCAAUGGUCAGCAGGAUCCGUUCACAACCUCACAUACCACAGAUGGGAACGGAGGCAGUGCUGAAUCUGCGAACGCUCAGCAAGCAGUUACCCCAACCUCGUUCCAACGCCUACUUGACUUGCAACCUGAGAUCCUACAGAUCGUAGUUGACUUUGGUGGACAACAAAGCGAUCUGCCCGCGAUCUCAGCAAAUAUUGACAAUGCCAUCCAAUUUCAGUCGCUGGAGAAAGAGAUACCACCGAUUCCGGAGCCAAGCGCUGGCAGGAUGUACGAUGCCCCCAGGUUACGAGACAUCCGAAAGCGCAUCGACAACGGAGCCUGUGGAUUGCAAGAGAUUGAGCAGACUGCCAUUGACAUGUUACCAGAAAUCGCCGAACUUUCUUCAGAUUAUCUUGGGAACACUGUGGUUCAGAAAUUGUUCGAGUACUGUUCUGAGCAGACUAAAGAACAGAUGUUAGCGUGCAUUGCUCCUCAUCUUGCCGAAAUCGGCGUGCAUAAGAACGGUACCUGGGCUGCUCAGAAGAUCAUUGAAGUCUGCAAGACCGAUGCCCAGACUCGAAUGAUUGUCAACGCUCUACGUCCAUACACCGUGCCAUUAUUCCUAGACCAAUACGGAAAUUAUGUCCUCCAAUGCUGUCUCCGAUUUGGUCCACCAUACAACGAUUUCAUAUUCGAAACCAUGCUCAGCCAGCUUUGGGAGAUUGCUCAAGGUCGAUUCGGUGCCAGGGCUAUGCGAGCUUGCCUUGAAGCUCAUCAUGCCACCAAAAGCCAGCAGCGCUUGAUGGCUGCAGCGAUUGCUUUGCAUAGCGUGCAGCUUGCUCAAAAUGCCAAUGGUGCGUUGUUACUGACCUGGCUGCUCGACACUUGCACUUUUCCUCGUCGACGAUCUGUGCUGGCGCCGCGUCUCGUCCCACACUUGGUACAACUAUGCACUCACAAGGUUGCUUACUUGACGGUGCUCAAGGUGAUAAAUCAACGUAACGAACCGGAAGCUAGAGAUAUGGUAUUGAAAGCUCUUUUCUUCAGCUCUGAGGACACGGUCUUGGAGCAGAUUCUGUGCGAUCAAACCUCCGGCGUGACUUUAAUCUUCAAAAUUUUGACCACCCCUUUCUUGGACGAGACUAUGAGGCCUGAAGUCAUACAAAAUGUCUCAAGGGUCCUGACGAAGAUCAAGGCCCAGGCCAACCAGGGUUACAAACGAAUCAUGGAUGAAGUUGGCUUAUCCUCCCGGCCAAGUCAGCCUCACGCACAGCAACAGCCAUCCCAUGGCUCCCAGAACUUCAACGAGAGAGGCCGACAGCCACAUCAAUCAUUGAACGGAAUGCAGCAGCAAGGCUUUCAACGCCAAUUCAGUGGCAGCUUUGUGAACGGCAAUUCUUUCGAGAACAAUAUGAGUCCAAUUCGCACUGGUUCGGCGGAUUCCUUCGGGUUUUCCGCGUACAAUAUGAAUAACUUCCCACCGCAACAACCGUUCUCCCAAGUACCCUAUCAACAAGUAUAUCAGCCACAAUAUCACAAUUAUGGCGCACAACGAUCGAACAGUGCAUACAUGCCAAACGGGUAUACCGGCUAUGCAACGCCACCAUCAACGGUUGAUCCCUUCCACGCCAUUCCGAAUGCUUCAACUUCGCCCCUUUCAUUUCCUGUAAGUCCCGUCAUCGGGUCGACGGGAUAUGGACCGCAAAACUACACGCAGACAAUACCAAACAACAUGUACAAUUAUCCACAGCAGCAGUCCUUUUUCUCACCACCCAUGCAGACCGUUCAUUCCGGUGGCCGGGGUCGGAGAGUAAGUCAUUCCCGUCAGCCAUGCAUUCUGUGA